GCCACUGUCUCUCUCUUCGCGGAAGCACAGCCGAAGCUUUCUUUCCUUGGCUUCCCCACCGAACCCUCCUCUGAGUAGAAAGCCAAUUUUUCAGACAUCUUACUUUUAAGAGAGAUGAAGGACGAGAAGAAGGUAUUGUCGGCGGAGGCGGCGACGGCGUUGAGCGAAGGCAUUGUUCUGGUUCUGUCCCGGUGGUCUGCGCUCCAAUUGGCCGUCGAUAACGAGUGGGGCGGUCGGAGUUCUCGCCUGAAAGCCGACCAGAUUCACUCCGAUGUCUUGUCCUGGUUCACUCACUCUUCUUCUGAGGAUCUUUACAUAGAUGAUUUAGAAAACAAGCUUGAAGAAGGCUUGCUUUCUCUCAAUACUAUGGUUGACGAUGGCAGCAUUGAGGAGAUAGCCGAAAAAUUAAUGAUUAUGCAUGAAGAGUGUAUGGAUGGUAAUUUUACGUCCAUUGAAGCUCUUCGGGAGUCUAAUCAUCGGAGGGUCCCUGUUUCUCAUGUCAGACAGGUAAAUGACGACGACGAUGACGACGACGAGAACAUGGACGAGAGACCUGAUAGCAUUAGGAACGAUGGCUCACCAAAAAUGACAGUUGGAUCAUCAAAACCCGUGUCAAAUUCGAAUUCAGAACACAUGGUAGUAGACGAGCCGGAGCCUGGGCCCUCCGCUGAAGUGGAAGACGGAUGGGUUGUUGUUGGAACAAGAAGGGGUAGGGGGAAAAAGAACUAGACUGAACCCCUGUGUUUAUCUGCAGUUUUUCCAUUCUAGUUAGUUUUUAAUUCGGUUUUGGUUUAAGAGUUGUCACUGAGGUAGAGCAAGUACAUAAGUGUGACAAAAUUACAUUUUGAGAUUUGCAUCAUUUUUCCUUUCGCAGUACCCUGAAGGAUAUGUUUAAGGGUAAAAUACAUUACCCACAAUGAUAAAAUUUCAAAUUGUGAGGUCUGUUUUAUCGACAGUAUUAGAGGUUCUGUUUCCAGAA